AUGUCUGGUGCGGCGGUUGCUGGGCCGGACAUCGCUGCAAUGUUACUCCAGAUGCAACAAGACCUGGCCGGGGUCCGCGCGCGCCUAAAUAGUCAAGGCAGUGGGUCGUGGCGUGUUGUUGUUAAUCUGAAGCGCAUGAAUAUCGCGCAGAAGGCGUAUAAGUGUCGCUAUGAGUCGCUCCGUACGCUGCGGCGGAUGGGGAUUCAGAACUCGUGGAUGGUCAAGGUUGAUCUAGCUGAUGCUUUCUAUCAUAUUCCCAUUCGUGCAGCUGAUCGUCGCUUCUUCGUGUUUCGUUUCUGUGGGGUUUUGUAUCAGAUGAAUGCGCUGCCCAUGGGCUGGCUCAAUAGCCCUUACUGGUUUUCAAAAAUCAUGCGUAACGUCGUUCGUUUUUGGCGCGACCCCCUGGCGGCGGUUGGUGGGGGGCGGCGGCGUCUCUCGCCCCCCUUGCCUCCGCACCAGUUCUUCCCUUCCGACCGGUGUGCGCGGCCGGCGAGGUUGGGUGCGCGCGUGUUGCCGUACUUGGACGAUUUCUUGUUUGUUUUUGCGUCCGAGGAGCAGGCCCGGUUGGGUGCGCAGUGGGUCAGAGAGAGCAUCGAGUUCCUGGGUUUAUCGUGCCAUCCCACCAAGUGCCAAUGGGAGCCCUCGCAGUCGGUUUACCAUUUGGGCAUUACAGUUAAUACUGCGGAGGGGCUGUUUGAGGUGCCUGCGGGCAAGUUGGCCAAGUUGCGUCGGUUAGCUGUGGGGCUCCGGGUUACGGCCAAGAAGAAUCGCCGUCUGGUUCAGAAGCGUGAGUUGGCGCAGCUGUGUGGUUUUGCUCAGAGUGUGAAGCUCGCCCUCACCCCCGNCCCCCUGUUUCUCCGUAAUUUCUACGAUGAUCUUGCGCAGCCGGUUGGUGGUGNCGGUACGAGUGCAGUGAUCGACUGGGCCCUCCUGCGCGGCACACGCAGUGGUUCUGCCCCGGUUCCCCGUUAUGCAUUAGACUUUCGUGCUGCGGCUGCUCCCCCGGUUGUCACGAACCUGUUAGUGAAGCAGCUGCAGGCCGCCGCCCCAGGUCAGGACCACUCGGCUCGCCUGGAGCAGAUUGCGGCCGUCAUUGUGUCUCGAGUAGGCUCCAAGACUUGGCAAUCGUAUGCGUCUCAUUUCGCGGCAUUCGUGCGUUUCUGCGUCAGUGAAGACCUUGAGUUCUUGCCGGCGUCCCGGUAUACCGGGUUGUUGUGGGCACAGUACCUGGCUGCCCGUGGUUCUGUUCGGGCUCGCACCGCGCAGCCCUACUUCAGCGCGGUUAAUACAGUGCACGAUUUGUUAGGGCUGGCUAAGCCGUGUGAUGGGGAUAAUGUGCUGUUGUCGGCGUUCCGUGGUGGCGGUACGAGUGCAGUGAUCGACUGGGCCCUCCUGCGCGGCACACGCAGUGGUUCUGCCCCGGUUCCCCGUUAUGCAUUAGACUUUCGUGCUGCGGCUGCUCCCCCGGUUGUCACGAACCUGUUAGUGAAGCAGCUGCAGGCCGCCGCCCCAGGUCAGGACCACUCGGCUCGCCUGGAGCAGAUUGCGGCCGUCAUUGUGUCUCGAGUAGGCUCCAAGACUUGGCAAUCGUAUGCGUCUCAUUUCGCGGCAUUCGUGCGUUUCUGCGUCAGUGAAGACCUUGAGUUCUUGCCGGCGUCCCGGUAUACCGGGUUGUUGUGGGCACAGUACCUGGCUGCCCGUGGUUCUGUUCGGGCUCGCACCGCGCAGCCCUACUUCAGCACGGUUAAUACAGUGCACGAUUUGUUAGGGCUGGCUAAGCCGUGUGAUGGGGAUAAUGUGCUGUUGUCGGCGUUCCGUAAGGGCUGGGAGCGGCUGCAGGUCUCACUGGCCCCUACCUCGUCCCUUGUCCUCGCCUUCAGUGCUUCGGACGCCUGGAGGCUAUACGACCGGCUCCCGUCCGUCCCGGUUGCGUCGGAUUUGUUUGUCCCUCUUUUGUUCGUCGUCCUUGGCUUCUGUCUAUUUUUGCGUCCCGACUCCUUGCUGUCUGUCGUCUGGGCGCGGGUUUCGGUUGUUGAUGAGGAGCCUGUGUUUCAGUACAAGCCUUUGCACUGGAAAGGCCAAAAGAGGAAUUGCCAAAGUCUGUAA